AUGGUGGCGAUGUGCCGUUUUCUACCUGAUCAGGUGUUUACUAUGAAGUGGGUGGACGAGGAAGGCGAUCCCUGUACGAUUUCAACGCAGCUCGAGUUAGACGAGGCGCUGAGGCUGUACGAGCUGAAUAGAGACUCAGAGCUCACCGUACAUGGACUAACUAUGCCUUGUGGUUUCACCAAUACCUGGGUUAUUAAUCACGCCUCGCCAGUUCAUUUUAAUGGAUCGUGGCAUGGUGUUAUAAAGCCAAUACCAUUCGCUAUUAAACUGGGGCUAGAUAUUCGCCCGCUUGCUAUUCAUGUUAAAACAAAGUGA